AUGGUAGAAGAAUUCAGAGAAUCAUUAAAGAAAGGUUUACAAAAAAUUAGAGAAAGGGAAGAAAUGUACCACGCAUCAUUAGAGAAAGGUUUACAAGAGAUCAAAACAUCGCAAAUGAAGAUGGAAUGUAAUCUGAAGAAGGAAAUGCAGGAGUUACCAGAACGACUGAAGAUGGACAUCAACGAGAGAGAGAGGAAGCUACAGAAGAGAAUAGACCAAGUCCAGGGAGACGUGGAGAAGAUGGAAGGAAAGUUAACAAAAAAGAUAGAAGACGAUGUUGAAGAAACUAAAGCCGAAUUGGGAGAAAGGAUCACCGAGGUGACGCAGAUGCAGAAACAAUGCAAUAAUGCGGUUAAGGAGAUAGGAGAUAGGCAGAACCAACUGGCUGUCAAUCUGAGAAAUGCUAUAGCUGUGCAACGAGAAGAGGAUGACCAGAGGGUUGCAAUGAAAGGUGAGGCCUUCACUUGGGGAACCAGGAAGAAGGAAGGGACUACUAGUUUUGAUCAGUUUGAAGGGGAAUUCUUGAGGAAAUACUGGUCCAAAAGUCAUCAGUGUGCAGCAAUUAAGGACCUACUACACCGCAAGCCACUUAAUACAUGGAGAGGAACGUUGAGAGAGUCUGCCGAAUAUUUGUGGGAAUUGAACGAGACCUUGGAACAACCCCUGAGUGAUGACAUAAAGAUAUCUGCGAUAAAAAGAAGAUUGAGCCGGAGAAUGCAAGAAACUGUAUCCGGGAGCCUAAUUAAAGAUAGGGAGGCCUUGAUGGAGACACUGGAAUAUUUGGAAUCUGUUCGAUCACAGGAACACAAACAGCCACACAUCUGCAACCGCUACUGUGGAGGGAGCCACACGGUGACGACGGCCCAGCAGCGCGUGUCUCGGGUGGGUCACUUCCUGGAGCAGUGGGGGCCUGAGGCGAUCCAGCUGCUGGAGGGUGGUGUCAAGGGCACGGACGGCCGCAUGUACAAGGCGCGCGGCAAGGUGGGCUCCCCGCUGGCCAGCCCGAGGAUGGUGUCCGUCACGACGUCGCCCAUGAAGUUCCCCGAGGAGGGACUGCAGCUGCCUGUCGGGGACGCCGCCGCCGCCGCACACGCCUCUCUGGAGGAGAUUGUACUGCAGGCGGUGACGCUCGAGGCCGAGGCGGAGGCGGCGGCGGAGGCGGAGGCGAAGGUGGUGGCAGCAGCCCCAGCGCAGGAGGUGCCGGAGGCUGCGCCCGAGAUGGGAGCUGACACCUCUGGUACGCAAAUGGCACAAGAGAUGGUGCACGAACUGAUUCGCGGAGGGUAUCCAUCAGUGGUAAUGGAAGAAGAAGAGUCCGCAGCUGGAGCAGCUCCUACGGAAGAAAGUGCACCGUCUGAAGAAGUAGCGCCAUCAGAGGGAGAAGCAGCAGAGCCUGAGGCCGCAGAAGAACCUCCGGCAGGGGGAGAACCUCCGGCCGGAGAAGAAUCUUCGCCGGCAGAAGAACCUGCACCAGCUGAGCCUGAAGGCGAAGCUGCACCUGCGGAGGAGUCUUAA